AGUCGUUUGGGAGCUGCCGUCUGAGGCGGAACGUGAUCGUCCAAUUUGGAAAUUGAGUAACCAAAAUGUGGAGCUUAUCAGCGACAUUUCUACUUUUACUCUGCCUCCGAGAAGGGAAGGCAGCUGAAUCAGAGGCAAAGGCAGCUAGGCGGCCCAACAUAAUCAUCAUAAUGGCCGAUGACAUGGGCUUCGACGACGUAAGUUUCCGCGGAGGUCGGGAGUUUAUAACGCCCAACAUCGAUGCCCUGGCCUACCAUGGUCGUAUUCUGGAUCGCCUGUACGCCCCGGCGAUGUGCACGCCCUCCCGAGGAGCCCUUCUCAGCGGUCGCUAUCCUAUACACACGGGAACCCAGCACUUUGUUAUCAGCAACGAGGAGCCCUGGGCCCUGGACUCCAAUGCUACUUUGAUGCCAGAAAUAUUCCAGCGAGCAGGAUACUCCACUAAUCUGGUGGGCAAGUGGCAUUUGGGCUUCUCCCGUCCGGAGUACACCCCCACACAUCGGGGCUUUGACUAUCACUAUGGCUACUGGGGCGCCUACAUCGACUACUACCAGAGGCGCUCCAAGAUGCCGGUGGCCAAUUACAGUCUGGGCUAUGAUUUCCGGCGCAACAUGGACCUGGAGUGCAAGGAUCGAGGCACCUAUGUGACGGAUCUACUUACUACCGAGGCAGAGCGGCUGAUUAAAGAGCAGACUAGCAAGGAUAAACCACUCUUCCUGAUGCUCAGCCAUCUGGCCACUCACACGGCCAAUGAGGAUGAUCCUUUACAGGCACCGGAGGAGGAAAUACGAAAGUUUUCCUAUAUCAAGGAUCCCAAUCGAAGGAAGUAUGCUGCCAUGGUUUCCAAGCUGGACCAAAGCGUAGGCCGGAUUAUCAGCACUCUGGCCAGCACGGAUCAGCUAAAGAAUAGCAUUGUGAUCUUCUACUCGGACAACGGAGCUCCAUCAGUGGGUAUGUUUGCCAACACUGGGUCCAAUUGGCCACUUCGCGGUCAGAAGAACACACCCUGGGAGGGCGGAGUUCGCGUGGCAGGCGCUGUUUGGAGUUCCAAGAUGGUGGCGCGGGGCAGCAUCUUCACCCAGCCCAUUUAUGUGGGCGACUGGCUGCCCACACUGGCCCAUGCAGCGGACAUUGAACUGGAACCUCAAAUCCUGGCCGGAUUGGACGGAAUCGAUCUAUGGCCGCAACUUUCCGGUUCGGCAGAUGCUCCUCACGUGCCCCGGGAGAUACUUCACAGUCUGGACGACGUGUGGAAGGUGGGAUCGCUCCUGAUGGGUCACUGGAAGUAUGUGAACGGCACCACCAGUGCCGGUCAAUACGAUUCGGUGCUAACCUAUCGCGAGUUUGAUGAAAUCGAUCCCCGCGAGAAUCGUUAUGCCGUGACGAUACGGAACUCCCCCACAUCGCGAGCUCUAGCCCGUCUGGAUCUGCGCCGCCUGACGCAGCAAAGGAUCACAGGCCUCCGACGAUCGGCUGCCGUUCAAUGUGGAGACUUCCAAAGAUCCUGUAAUCCCUUGUUGGAGGAUUGUCUCUUCGACAUAUCUGCAGAUCCUUGUGAGCAGAACAAUCUGGCUUAUUCCGAACGGCAUUCCGAUGUCUUGGCUGCUUUGCGAAAACGUUUAAGGGAAUUAAGAGCUAGUGCCUCGACUCCAGGUAAUAGGGCCAGUUUGCCAAGCGCCGAUCCUACUUGGCAUACUUGCACCUGGGAGACAUUCGAGCAACAGAAACCCACAAGUGUUCCUUUGGUAUGCGAUUAUGUUGGAGUUCCUUGUGGAUAG